UUUUGCUGUCCGGUCUUGUUACUGUCUGUGGUCUUUCUUAUUUCAGGCGUUUGUAGAUUCUGCAUAUUAUCUCUAAGGAAUGUAGUAUUUUCUUAAUAGAGAGAAAACAGCAGCAACAUCGUAUGUCAAAUAGAGCUAUAAUAGGUUUAUGUUAUAAGAAAAAAACUACAAUUGCGAUACUGAAGUUUUCUGAAGUUACGGUGAUAGUAGCUAACGUUAGCUAUCGUUUUGGCGGUGUGUGGACUGCCAAUGGCGUGUGUAGAGACAUCAGAUUACAGAGUAGGAGAGGUCCUGCUGAAUAGAGUGAUGCAGGAGCAGCUGGAUGAGGUGUCAUCAGACAUCCUGGUAGUGGUCUCCACAGAAACCCAGGAGGUGGAGAGUGAUCAGGAGCAGAAGAUUGUCUCACAGCUAGCCAUGAUGAUACGGACCAUCGGAGACGCCGUCAAGAAGGACGGGAAGCUGGACGAUGCGAUAGAUGGAAUGGUGGGGAAAAUGACCAGCAAGACCAGCUACUGGAAGUUGGUAGAAAAGGUAUUUGAGGACAGUCAAAUCACCUGGGAGAGAAUUGCUGUGCUGUUUUACGUAGCAGGGAGGAUAGCUGUCAAGGUGGUGAUUGCUAACAUCCCCCAGUUAGUGAAGGACAUUCUGAAGUGGACUCUGGAGUACUUCAGAAACAAAUUACUGGAUUGGAUCCAGAAACAUGGAGGAUGGAUGAACAGUUUUGCUGAGCUGGCACGUGUGCAGGUGGAGAAGAUGUCCUCUAUGAGUGCCUGGUCCUCAGGGAUCAUCCUGGUCUUCCUCGGAGGUGUCAUACUGGGUAGUGUUAUCACCUGGAAACUGGCCAGGAGGACCUGACACACACACACACACACACACACAGUUCCACUCCAGUUCAAACGCAAUUGUGUGGCAUGACACGCAAACGCGUGGGCGUGCACACACACAAAUACAUUUGUUUACCUAGUCCAUGUAUUAUUAGUUAUCUACCUUCUGGUUUGCUCAGGAUAAAUAAGAUGACCAGAUGCUGCUGAAAGUGGUGUUGGAGAGCCAGUAGGAGGCAAUCUUUCCUCUGGUAAAAAAAAAAAAAAAAGAAAUCCCAGUGCAAAGAUUGGGGGCAUUCCCCCGUGUAGGGUGCUGUCUUUUGGAUUGGACAUUAAAACAUGUCCUGACUCUCUGUGGUCAGUAAAGAUCCCAUGGCACA